AUGGCUGCUCCCGUGUACAACGUGUUUGUGGGAACAGAGACGGGUUUGUUAAAAGGCGUCAGCGUGCUAAACAACAAAUGGGACAAUUUAAACAAAAUCAUUGAAGCAGAUAAAGAGAAACAAAUCUGUUCCUUAUGCUGGGGCAAUGGCGAUGAAUCGGAAAUCUUUUGCGGUUUGAAAAAUAAUACAGUGUUGAUUUAUGACGUGAACACUCAAACAUUUCAUGACGAAAUUGCACCGUUUAAUGAAGAAAAAGGAAAGCUGAAAGAGAUUCUGAAGUUUGACACUAAUUUAGUGGCUGGUUUUGAUACAGGGGUUGUCAAAAUAUGGAAGGAUGAAAAUCUUACAGAAAUAAAUACAGGAGAAAACUUGUCAUGUUUGGUACAAAAUUUAGAAGACCAAUCCAAAAUUGCAACUGGCGGAAAGGAAAACGACCUCAAGGUGUGGGAUUUGAAUUGUGUCAAUGAGCCAGUAUUUAAAGCCAAAAAUGUCAGAAAUGAUUGGUUGAACUUGCAUGUACCAGUAUGGGUUUUGAGAAUUCAGUUCAUACCACAAUCAAGCAAAAUUGUCUCAUGUACAGGACAUCACCAGGUCCGUGUCUAUGACCCAAGUUCUCCACAAAGGCGCCCAGUUUUGGAUAUGAACUUUGACGAAUAUCCCAUUACAUCAAUGAGCUUGCGCAAUGAUAAGGAAUUCGAAGUAGUUGUCGGAAACACCCAAGGAAGUAUGGCAUUACUGGAUCUGAGACAAGGAAAAAUAAUUCAGAAGUACAAAGGUUUUGCUGGAACAUUUAAACAUAUUCAGUGUCAUUCUUCGUUGCCACUUGUUGCCUCAUGUGGUCUUGACCGUUUCUUAAGAAUACAUGACAUAGAGUCCAGGGAACUUUUACACAAGUUUUACUUGAAGUCCAGACUCAACUGUUUGUUGUUUUCAUCAAAAUGGAGGGAUGCUGACCAUGAACAGAUUCAGGAGACGGUUCCAGCCAGUGAAACCAAAACCAGCGUUGACAGUGAUGAUGAUGUAUGGGAGGCUCUGGAAGAGGUUAAAAGUGAAUCUGUUGUAAACAAAAAGAAAAGUGUAAAGAGAAAGAAAGUAGUAGUCGAAAAGAAUUUGAAAGUUAAAAACAAGAAAAGAAAUGUAUAACACUGUCACGGUCCAUGAUUUUAUAUGAAUGACUUGCAAUAAAGCUGUUGAUAUUUAAUGUAUAUAUGUAUACAUAUGGCCAAUUAUCAAUUUUUAACUCUUGUCAGAAAUACAUUUGUGUAGAAAGUACCUUUUGUAAAUGAAGAAAAGUUACCUUCUGAUCAGAUAUUAAAUUGAUUAAAUUAUAAAAUGUG